CAUAGUAAGAUCACAUGAUAAGCCAUGUGUCAUCACAAAAGCUAAGAAGCUUUAGUUAGCGAGACUUGGACUGUACAGUCAUAUUGGCUUACAAUGGAGACAACAAUGGCACAAGAGAACCAGGCUCCUUCCUCAGGCUUGUUACCAUCUGUGGGAAGCUUCUACCAUGUUCAGUGGGCCGAUGAGGCCUGGCAUGUGGCUGAAAUCAUCCAGCAAAGAGUAGAACCAGAGACCCAAGAGAACCAAGUCUAUGUACACUAUAAAGAAUUCAAUCGUCGUAUGGAUGAGUGGAUCCCAGUAUCCCGUGUUGACGUGAAGAAGGGAAUAGUAGAAGAGACCCCCAAAGAGAUUGACACCAUGUUGGAGCUGAACGGGCGAGAGAGGAAGGUCACUAGGAAUCUGAAGAGAAAACACGAUGAAAUCAAUCACAUCCAAAAGUCUUUUGAAGAAAUGGACCCAACAACAGCUGCUCUUGAAAAGGAGCACGAGGCUCUCACGAAAGUCAAGUACGUCAACAAAGUCCAAAUCGGCAAGUACGAGAUUGACACUUGGUAUUUCUCGCCGUAUCCGGAGGAGUACGGUAAACAACCCAAACUCUGGAUCUGUGAAUACUGCCUCAAGUACAUGAAGUUUGAGAAAUCCUACAAGAAGCAUUUGGUUGAGUGUACUGUUCGACAACCUGUGGGGAAAGAGAUUUAUCGGAAAGGAACCAUCUCUGUUUUCGAGGUUAAUGGAUCUGACCACAAGAUUUACUGUCAAAAUUUGUGUCUUUUGGCGAAGCUGUUUUUGGAUCACAAAACUCUGUACUUUGACGUCGACCCAUUUUGGUUCUACGUACUCACUGAAGUGGAUAGAGUAGGCUGCCAUAUUGUGGGAUACUUUUCAAAGGAGAAGGAGAGUCCAGAGAGCAAUAACGUGGCAUGCAUUCUCACUCUACCCCCCUACCAGAGGAAAGGCUACGGCAAGUUCCUCAUAGCCUUCAGCUACGAGCUGUCUAAGCUUGAGCAGUCUGUGGGCUCACCGGAGAAGCCACUCUCUGAUCUGGGCAAACUCAGCUACCGCAGCUACUGGUCUUGGGUACUGCUGGAUAUACUCAAGGACGCACACGGAGCAUUGUCUAUCAAAGAUCUGAGCUCACUAACUAGUUUCACACAAGAGGACAUCAUUGGCACGCUACAAUCCCUCAACAUGGUCAAGUAUUGGAAGGGCCAGCAUAUUGUCUGUGUCACUCCUAAACUGGUGGAGGAGCACAUGAAGUCGGCUCAGUACCGAAAACCACUUCUGACUGUUGACUCUGAGUACGUACGCUGGAGCCCACCUGUGAAGACACCCAAGACUACCAAAAAACAUUGACUUUGCCUUAAUUAUGUGUAUGUACAAUUAUGUGUAUGUACAAUCAUGUAUAUAGUUUGCUGUUUUUAUGGCUUAAUUAUACUUUCACUUAUUAUUAAUAAUGUUCAUAUUUGGGAGAUGAAAAAGAAUUUGCCAAUUUCA